AUGGCCGAACUUGACCUGAAAAAGAUACGGCCAUUAGGCAAGCUGGAAGAAGUCGCGGCCGUCGCCCAUCACAUUGACUUCUUCACGAAUACGGGGUUGUCAGUGCACUACCGGCCGUCUCAGCCCGCUCCCAAUCUUCCAGAAGUCAUAUAUCACGCGGUGGCAGAUGUGGUGGGAGCACAUCCCAUCCUGUUUGCCGUCCCAGUGGGUGCCGGUCGUACCCAAGAGCCGUACUGGGGCCGCCUGCCGUCGAUUGACAUCAAGAAAGCCGUGACGUUCGUGGAGCGCAGCACGCCCUCGGGUACCGACAGCGAAGGCCGAGAUAAGGAACUUGAUGCACUGCUCGAGAAUCAGCACAACACCAAUUUCAAGUCAGGCUACGGCACUCUGCCAGUAUGGCGGAUGGUGAUCGUGCGGGACCCGGGAGUGAACCAUGAAUUCACGGCGUGCCUGAUCGCUCACCACUCCAUGAGCGACGGGACCGGUCUUCAAGUCUUCCACAACUCCUUCCAGAGUGCCCUGUCGGAUGCUUCUUCAUCAUCCUCACGCUUGUCGGAGGCAGCCGAGCACGUCGUCUUCUCGAAUGCCGAUGACCCGAUCGCUCCCUCGCUCGAACAGGUUCAUCCCCUGCCGGUCCCGGCUGAACCUCCGGCGGCCGACGCAACAGGGAUCAUGGACUGGACGGGCACUCCCGUUCAGGCGCCCUGCAAGACACGCUACCUGUCACUGUCUCUGGCACCGCACCUUGCACAGUCCUUUGCACAGGACUGCAAGAAGCACAAGGCAACGCCAGCGACGGCCUUGCCAUCGCUGAUCGCGAGGUUGCUCUUCCACCACCUCCCACCACCGACACCGGAAGCCUUGCUCUGCAACAUCCCCGUCAGCUUGCGGCCGGAUCUGGCCCCCAACGUUGUCGAAGGUGUCAUGGGCAAUUUCAUCGACGCUUUCAAGGUCAAAUUACUGCGCGCCGAUCUCGACAAGCCCGAAGACUCUGUCGCCCAGCGCGUGAACUCGUGGGACAUAUGGACGCACGCGAGGAAAAUCCAACAAGGCACACGACGGUACUAUGCGAACGCUUCCCCUUCGGGCCAGCCGUACACCAACAUUGCCUUUUUCAAAUUGAUUCCCGACCUCAACGCCGCAUUGACGGCAACACUGGGAAACGCCCGGGGCGAAUCCUUCGAGGUGUCCAACCUGGGCACUUUCUCGCAACCCAAGAAUCUCAAGGAAGGGUCCGGCAGCCCGGUGUGGCAGGCCGGGAAGGUGACUAUCAGUCGAUGUGCAUAUGCCGCUGGAGGGCCAUUGGUGGUUUGUGUGUUGGGUAGCGACGAGAAUCUCGGGUUCGGGUUUACGUGGCAGGAGGGUGCUAUUCCUGAUGAUGUCGUCGACAAGGUCGUCAAUGGCGUGCGAAUGUGUUUAGAUCCCUCUCAGGCGGCUGUGUCGUAG